GACGCUUGGGGGAAGCCCUCGCGAGACUCGCGGGGCCGCCGCCGGUGCGUGGCUGGCGCUGGGGGCACGCGGGGUGCGGGAGCGCGGUCACCGCGCGGCUCCCUCCGCAGCGCCGCGCCGCACCGGGGAUCUCGCGGGAUUUCCGGGGGAAGUCUCGCGCGAUUUGGUCGGGGGGGCGGCUGGGAGGGCUGAGGGGGGCUGUGCCCCGCCGCCAUUUUGGUUGCUAGGUCUGUCCGCCCGUCUGUCCGCCCAUCUGUUUGUCCCCUCUGAGCCCCCUCCUGCCCGAGAAUGGGGAAGGCAGCGAAAAGGAGGCCUAAGGCCUCCGCGCCCACCCGGGGCAAGGGUUCCGCGGAGUCAGCCAUGGCCAUGGUACGGAGCAACCCCUUCGAGGUGAAGGUCAACAGGCAGAAGUUCGACAUCCUGGGCAGGAAGACCAAGAACGACGUGGGGCUGCCCGGCGUCUCGCGCUCCAAGGCCAUCAAGAAGCGUACCCAAACAUUACUGAAAGAAUAUAAAGAAAAAGAAAAGACGAAUGUGUUUAAAGAUAAACGUUUUGGUGAAUAUAACACUAAAAUAAGUCCAGAGGAAAAGAUGAUAAGACGAUUCACUUUGGAAAGACAGCAAAAUUAUGGAAAGAAAAAUAUCUAUAACCUUAAUGAAGAUGAAGAAUUGACUCACUAUGGCCAGUCUUUGGCAGAAAUUGAAAAACUGAAUGAUAUUGUGGAUAGUGAUAGUGACACAGAAGAAAGAGGAACGUUGUCAGCUGAGUUAACCGCUGCUCACUUUGGAGGGGGUGGAGGCCUCCUUCGUAAAAAAGCAUCAAGUGGGCAGGAAGAUGAAGAGGAGGAAAAACCUAAAUCUAGAAAGGAACUCAUAGAAGAGUUGAUAGCCAAAUCUAAACAAGAAAAGCAAGUGAGGCAAAGUCAGAGAGAAAGUGCAUUAGAACUCACAGAAAAGCUUGACAAUGACUGGAAAGAAAUCCAAACCCUUAUGGCUCGCAAAACGCCGAAGUCAGAAAGAAAGGACAAAGAGGUAGAAAAACCCAAGCCUGAUGAAUAUGAUAUGAUUGUUCGAGAACUUGGAUUCGAGAUGAAAGCAAAACCUUCAGAAAGGAUGAAGACAGAAGAAGAAUUGGCAAAAGAGGAGCAGGCGCGACUCCAGAAGCUCGAGGCAGAUCGGCUACGUCGAAUGCGUGGAAUAGAUGAACAAGAGACUAAAAAGAAACCCAGCCACGUGUCAGCUGAUGAUCUAGCUGACGGGUUUAUCCUGGACAAAGAUGACAGACGUUUAUUGUCUUACAAGGAUGGAAAAAUCAAUAUUGAAAAUGAAGAGGAAGAGGAGGACAAAGAACAGGAGGAGGAGGAGGAGGGGGAGGAAGAGGAGGAGGAGGAAGGGGAAGAAGAGGAAGGCGGGAAGGAGGAUAAUGAGAAUGACCGAAGUGAGGAAGAGUCUGCUGCUGAAGAUGAGGAGGAUGUUGCUGCAGACAACCACUCUGAUCUUGAAUCUGACCUUGAGAGUGAAGAAGAAGCUGCAGGAAAUAAAGAAGAGAGGAAAGAUGAGACAACUGGAAAUGAGUCACAGAAUAUGGAGGGACUGGAUCCAAAAAUGGAAGCUGCCAAAGCAGAGCUUCCUUAUACAUUUGCUGUUCCCGAAUCCUAUGAGAAAUUUAAGUCUUUAUUGGCUGGAAGAACAAUAGAGCAACAGCUUAUUAUUCUGGAAAGGAUUCAGAAAUGCAAUCAUCCAAGCCUUGCAGUGGGAAACAAAACAAAGUUGGAAAAACUGUUUGGCUUCCUUUUGGACUAUACUGGGGAGUUAGCAAACCUGGAUUUACCAGACCUCAAAGCAAUUGACAAACUCAUCCUGCCAUUGUACAAUCUCUGCCAGAUGUUUCCUGAGGCAGCCGGUGGCAGUAUGAAGUUUGUCCUUCGAGACGCCGCGCAUGACAUGGAAGAAGCAAUUGAAGUCAAAGGCCGUGCAACAUUUCCAGGUUUAGACACGCUUAUUUAUUUGAAAAUUACAUCUCUACUGUUUCCAACAUCUGACUUCCGGCAUCCAGUUGUAACUCCUGCUCUUAUAUACAUGAGUCAGCUACUUACUAAGUGUCGCAUCACAACGCUGCAAGAUGUUAUUAAAGGUUUAUUUAUAUGCUGUUUGUUCCUGGAAUACAUCUCUCUCUCCAGAAGAUUUGUACCAGAACUCAUCAAUUUUCUUGUUGGAGUACUUCACAUAUCGCUCCCUAAAAAGCAAGCCCAGGGCUAUACUGUAGUGCAUCCGUUCACACCAAUGGGGAAAAAUUUAGAGCUGCUUUUGGUGUGUGAUAAGAAGGAUUUGGAAAGUUGGCAGAAGCAAAAUUUGCCGUUGAGUAUUGUGAAUAGAUUAAAGGAAGCCAGCAGAACAGAAGUGAAUCAUAUCAGGUUAUCUUGUCUAGCCCUGUGUUUUGAUCUCAUUAAAAGAUGUGCAGUUCUGUAUGAGUCUUUACCAUCAUUCCAUGAAAUAAUGCAUCCUGUCAAAAUACUUCUUACGCAACAUGUGCCAGUGAAUGAAUAUCCUGAAAAAAUGCAGGAAUGGUAUCACGGUGCUCUGAAAGAGCUAGAGAACAAAGCAAAGCACUAUACUCCAUUGGUCUGUGAGAAAAAGAAGCCAGUGCCAUUGAAACAGUAUACGCCUAAGAUUGUGAAAGUUUUAGAGUUUGGAAGAAAGCAGGGAAGCAACAAGAAGGAGCAAGAAAGAAAGCGGUUGAUUCACAAGCAUAAACGUGAAUUUAAGGGAGCUGUUCGUGAGAUUCGGAAGGAUAACCAGUUUCUGGCUAGAAUGCAACUUUCAGAAAUCAUGGAGAGAGAUUCAGCCAGAAAGAGAAAAGUGAAAGAGCUUCUCAGUAGCCUUGCUACACAGGAGGGUGAAUGGAAAGCAAUGAAAAGGAAAAAAAUGAAGAAUUAAUUGGGACUAUCUACGGACAGAAAGUUUGGUUUUACUGACGUAUAAAAUGACCCAAUUCUAUGGCAUUUGCACAGAUUUUAGUUGCAUUGGUUGGAUGUAUUCCUUUUGAGGAAAACGACAUCAUCAGGUCUGUCUGAAAAAGUGAACCUGCUUAUUGGAUAAAUCCACAGGUUUUCGUAAGAAAAAAAAAUAAAAUAACAUUUUUGUAUGUGGUAUGCUUCUGUUUAUUUUAGCAACAGUGUAUUUGGAUAAAUAAUUAGAAUUCUCAAGAGUGUGUAAACAAGUUUUAGACUAUUUUGAACAAAAAAGAAAUGUACA